UUUACUUAACAGACUUAGAUGAAUAUAAAUGCUGGGAAUUGUAUUUGCAGAGAGUUGAAAGGAAAGCAGCUUAUGUGAAUGAAAGAAAUGAAGGGAAGUCAAGAAAUCUCAAAAACACCAUCCUCUUCCAAGAGAACACUGUCAAGUCAGGGUUCAGUGGAUAUAUACGCGGCGCAAUGCAAAAACUGCUUGAAAUGGAGGGUGAUUGAUACACAGGAAGAGUUUGAAGAGAUUAGAAGUAAAGCCACUGAGGAACCGUUCGUAUGCAGCAGAAAGGAUAAUUGUUCCUGUGAUGAACCUGCUGAUAUUGAAUAUGAUUCCACUCGAACCUGGGUCAUUGACAAGCCUAACCUCCCAAAAACUCCACAAGGUUUCAAGAGGAGUUUGGUACUUAGAAAAGAUUACUCCAAAUUGGACGCUUACUACAUCACACCUUCGGGGAAAAAACUGAGAACCCGCAAUGAGAUAGGAGCGUUUCUAAAAGAUAAUCCAGAAUUCAAGGGUGUUACUGUUGCGGAUUUUGAUUUUUCUUCCCCAAAGAUAAUGCAGGACACCAUCCCAGAGAUAGUUGAGCAGAAGGAUUCUGCUAACAAGAAAGCUAAGAUAGCCAAAGGUGAUGUUUGAGGAAUAUCAUCUCAAGUUUGCAUCAUGCAAAGAUGUUGAUUCUGGUUGGUUUGUUGGAUAUUAUUUUAGAAAUUGUUGUAAAACUAAACAUAGCAGCGUACGAACGAAUUUUGUUGUAUUAUAUUGUAAUUUUAAUUUUAUUGUUAAUUAUGUUAUCAUUGCUUAAAA